AUGGAUCUGAGCGAAGAUGAAGAUUUAUUAAACAUUGAAGAAGAAGGGGAAAAUGAGAGCCAAAAAGAAGAAGUAGAUUCUGUAAUUGUUGAAGAUAUUCGACGUCGUCUUUUCGAUGUAUUCAAGAUGUUUGACGAGGAUUCUGAUGGUUUGAUUGAAACCGACGAUGUGAGUCACGUUCUCCGAAGCUUUGGAUUGAACCCCAGUCAAACGGAAUUGCAAUUGGUCAGUGAACAAACUGCAAAGAAAAAUGGAAGAGUUUCAUUCGAUGACCUUCUGCCCCGUGUCGUAUUGGCAAUUCAAAAUGAAGAAUGGAAAGAUGAUACUCCGAAACAAAUCCAUGCUGCAUUUCAAGUAAUAACAUCUAAUAAUUAUGUUCAAAAAGAUACAUUAUUGCAAUUGCUCACUUCAAUUGGAGAACCAUUGACUCCACAAGAAGUUAAGCAAUUUCUGAAUCAUGUCAGCAUUCGAGCAAAUGGAGAUAUUGACUGGGUUUCGUAUGUUAAAGACACUUGCGAAAUGAUUACUUCUAGAGAUUAA